ACAAAGCGAAAGUAAACAUCUCCUGAUGUUCUGGUGGAAAAUCUACGGAGGAACAACAAUCAUCCGGGGGGUUUUCACACCUGCACUCGGUACAUUGCUGGGCUGCGCGCGGUAAAAGUACCACAGUGACUGAGUAAGAGCCGAUCGGGGGCCGAAAGGAGGCGACCACCCACCGUGACCAUGGCCGGAAUUUCCACCAUAUACAAACUGAGUGUGAUCUGUGCCUGUGUGCUGCUCGUGUGCGGGACGCGCUGUCCAGUCCUGGAGUGCUGGUUCGUCCAGGAGAAACCGGGCGGCGGAUUCCCGGCCGCUACGAUCCAGGAGAAAGCGCUCAUGUACAUCAGCUCCGAGCCCGCGGGAGACGGGUCGGGGGCGGGUCGAAGCCCCCCCGUGGACAUCGACCCCGCUCGGAUCUACCACGUCUCGGAUCAAAGUGCCACAUUGUGCAGUUCGCCUCUUCAACCAGCAGAGGGCUCAGUGAAGAAGCCCCAGUGUGAAAUUAACCCCUUCCUGCCUCAGCCUGCGCUGGUCCAGUGGGCGGCUCCUCUCACAAGCUCCGCCCGCAGCCCCCUCUACCUGCAAGCUGAUUGGUUCUCAGCUGCGCUGCUGGGAUUGGACGGACAGCUGGUGAUGUCCAGUGUGAUGAGGGCUCCCACGGCAACCAACAAGCCCAAUGUGAUCCUCAGCGUGUCCAGCAGAACCCCCACUGUCCGCUCCAGACUGGGCGUGCCGGUGCUGCUGGACUGCGGGUUCUGGGUGGACCCCUCCUCGCCGCUCUCGGGUUCUGGCUUCUCAGUCGAGUGGCGGUACCAGUUCCGGGGGGAGGGGCGGCUCCUCCUGGCCUACGACAGUAAGAGUGACCGCUACGCUGAGACCUCAGAGGAAGGGGCGGAGCUGAACUUCACCGCCCUGCACCAGACAGGAAACGCAUCACUGAUCCUGGAGGAGACUAAAGUGAGACACUCGGGGACCUACAUCUGCACCGUGUACCUGCCAUACCUCCUGGCCCAGGUGGCUCUCGACUUGGAGGUAGAAGAGCCUCCCUCCCUCUCCUUGUCUCCCACCCCCCUGCCGGUGGUUUACCCUGGUCAGUCCCGCACUGUGCAGUGUGACGCCUCUGGCUUCACACCCCUGACCCUGCAGCUGCACUGGGAGUUUGUGGGGGCAGAUGGGAAGGUGCAGGUCCUGGGUGAGGGCAGGAUGUCGGGGCACCGGCAGGCUUCCGAUGGCACCUUCAGUCAGAGCUCCUGGCUGGACCUGGAUACGAGCCGGAUGGACCUGGGAAGGGGUGGGGAGUUGAGUUGCGUGGUGGUCCACUCCAGGUGGACACGGCGGGUCAGCACCACACUCAACAUCGUAGGAGUCGGCGGUCCCUCCAUCGAGGACUCCAUGGCCAUGGUAGCUGUAGCCCUGGGGCUCUAUGGGAUCAUCAAGGUCGUCUCCUGGGCCUUUGGCUCCUCUGGAUCUAGUGACCCUGAUUCAAAAGACAAGAAAGAAAAAUAAACCUGGAAUAAAGGAAGGAUGUGAAGGUAUCAACACUGAGGAGGACAGGAGAAAAUGUACUGCCGAAGCCAUUCUCUGCUCUUUAGUCUCUGCGUAAUUUAUUCUGUCACACAGGAACACAGUUUAUGAAAAGCAAUUAGAGUAAUGCAUCAGGAAGUGUCAUAAUGGUCCGGUGUUUAUAUUUUGAUGAGAUAAGUUGAUGCAGUAUAAUGAAAUGAUAAAUUGAAAUUUGAACAUUUUAAAUGUAGUGGCUUUUCAGUUGUGUGAGUUGUGUGUUAAAGCAGCGGCAAAACUGAAUUCAACAGAUUGUUGUGUAUAGCGUGUACUGACAGAUACAGCAACAACUAGAAAAUUAUGGAAUUUGCAUUAAUAUUUCUUACAGUGUAACAUACUGCACUUACAGUAUUUUGUUACAUUACAGUGUAUUUCAUUAGUGCAAAUUUACUAUUGCUAAAGGAGCAAUUACGUUUCACAAACACACUGCAAGCUAACGUGAAACAUUUUUCAGUGGGAAAAGGUUUAAUAUAAUUGAUCUGGAACAGUAGGAAAACACGCAGUGAUGAUACAUAACCAUAAUUGUUCAAUGUCAACAAAAUUUUAAAAUUAAGUUCAGGUCCAGUCAAUCAUUGCAUUAGACUUUAAAUUUGAUAACAUUCCUAACUUGACUGCGUUACUAAAUUGUUUUAAGACAACAUGUCAGUGAAAAAAUAUAAGGUGGUUCAUGUGUCAUUCAUUGCUUAUUAGUGUGCGUAGUUUUCACAGGAGUACACAGUUCUUUCAAGACUCUAUCAUGUCUUUUGUUUAAUAUUCUUGGUGUAUCUUUGGUGUGCUCAUGUUUUUCCACGUUAACUUAUCAGUUAAAUUGUU